AUGAAGAAUGUAUACGAAAAACAGAUAGUUAUGUCGCAAAAAAAGGCUAUAUCUGAAGAGGAGGAGGAGCGAGAUGUGAUCUUGCUAUGGAGGAACGAGAAGAACACGUGCAGUUGGGAUGGCGACGAGAUUGACUUCAUUCGAAUGAAAGGAUCGUGGGGCCAAUCCGAAGGCGACACGAUAUUUGGGAAAUCUGAUCAGGCCGAUGGAUAUUUUCUGAUUGCUGGUUCGCAGCAAAAAUUGUCGCCAAUGAGCUCAGCAAUGUUGGUCAGUGAUCCUAUACAGUGUCAGGAAGGUGAUGGCACUCUCAAGCUGAAGUUCUGGGCAUCGCCCAAUGUGAAGGUCAGGGUCUGCACAAGGAGACCGUCAAUGGGCAAGCGAUAUCAAUGGUGCAGUGAACCGCUGAAAAGAAAUGGGACAAAACUGGCCAAAGUGAUAAUUCCAGGAACAAUUUGGUACACAUUCGAGCAUGUAGUCGAGGCGUACAACUUUACCCUGGACGCUUUCGGCAAACAAGGCGGUGCUGCUAUCAUCGAUGACAUCUCCUACAAUACAAGUGCGGUGUACCAGUGCCGCAUGAUUCCACAUUAUGAACCGCCAGUGAAGCUCUCACCCAAAACGUGCUCAGCCCUACAAUGCGACUUUGAGGGCGGUUCCUGCCUUCAAACUCUUGAUUCUAGUGAUUGGAGGAUC